AUGCCAGAGCAAAAUAUUCUUGUGAUUGGAGCAGGCGAGUUGGGUCACCAGGUUCUUCGUUUCCUGAUCGCGCAUCCCCGCAUGAAAGGAACUGUAUCGAGUCUACUACGUCCUGGCAGCAUUUCAUCCACGAGCCUCGCAAAGCAGAAGGAAAUCGACGAUUUACGCAAAUUGGGCAUUCAGCUUGUCGCCGGUGAUAUUGUGCAGGAUUCCGAGACAGCACUGGUAUCUGUAUUUGCUCGAUUCGACACUGUGAUUGGAUGCACAGGCUUUGUAUCGGGACGCAACACCCAAAUCAAGUUGACACGCGCAGUUUUGAAGGCCAAAGUCACUCGUUUCAUUCCAUGGCAAUUUGGAGUAGAUUACGAUGUUAUCGGGCGCGGAUCAACACAAGAUAUUUUUGACGAGCAACUUGAUGUUCGCGAUCUGCUUCGGUCGCAAAGCGAAACUAGCUGGCUUAUAAUUUCGACUGGUAUGUUCACCAGCUUCCUUUUCGAGCCUUCCUUCGGUGUGGUCGAUUUGAACAAUGAUACGGUUCAAGCGCUGGGUGGUUGGGAUAAUCGGGUCACCGUUACCACGCCAGAAGACAUUGGAAAAAUGACCGCUGAGAUGGUUUUGGAGGGAGAAGUUGGUGAUGUCUUCCCAUGUAAACCUGUCUUUAUUGGGGGAGAUACACUUACCUAUUAUGAGGUUGCACAAUUGGUUGAAAGAGUUAUUGGGAGGCCGAUGAAGCGAACGGUUAUGAGCGUUGAAAAAGUGAACGCCGCCCUAUUGAAAGACCCUGAUAAUGGAUUGUUCAAAUACUGGGGGGUGUUUGGUCAAGGUCGUGGGGUAGCAUGGGAUCUCUCUGAAACUUGGAAUCAACAUCGAGGAAUGAAGGCUGUUACUGCAGAAGAGUGGGCAAGACAGAAUCUUCGUUGA